AUGUCUCCAGCCCGACAAAUUUCCCGAGAAGUGUUCCCCUUUCUCCGGGUCCACACCGACGGCACCGUCGAGCGGUACGCCGGAACCGACUCCGUACCCGCCGGGUUCGACCCGGAAACCGGCGUCCUGUCCAAGGACAUCGUCAUCUCACCGUCAACUAACCUAUCGGCCCGAAUCUACCGCCCCAAAUCCGUGUCCGAAGGCCGGAAGAUCCCCGUCGUGGUGUACUACCACGGCGGAGCCUUCAUCGUGGCGUCGCCGGCGGAGCCCAUGUACCACCACUGCCUCAACCGCCUGGUCCGGGAGGCAGAAGUUGUUGCUAUCUCGGUUGAUUAUAGACUGGCGCCAGAGAACCCUCUCCCCGCCGCGUACGAGGAUUCCUGGGCCGCACUGGAGUGGCUCGCCGGCGGCGGAGGGAAAGUUGACGAGCCCUGGCUCCGGGAGUAUGCGGACUUCGAGAGAGUAUUCCUUGCAGGCGAUAGUGCCGGCGCUAACAUAAUCCACCACUUGGCACUCCGUCGGUGCCGGAGCUCACUGGCCGUAAAAAUUCACGGCCUAGUUAUGAUCCAUCCCUACUUCUGGGGAAAAGACCCAAUUGGAUUGGAGAAGGCAGACGGAGCGAGGAAAGCGAUGGUGGACAACUGGUGGACGUUCGUCUGCCCGUCGAACGAAGGCUGCGACGACCCGUACAUCAAUCCGUUUGUGGGCGGAGCCCCGCCGAGUGCGGAGGAGCUGGGCUGUCGGCGGGUGGCGAUUUUCGUGGCGGAGAGAGACAUUCUGUGCGACAGAGGGAAGGCCUACUAUCGUAGUUUGGCGAGAAGUGAGGGGCAGAAUGGUAAAGUGAGAGUAGAGUUGGUGGAGACGAAAGGAGAGGAUCAUAUUUUUCAUCUUUUUAAUCCUGAUUGUGAAGCGGCUGCGGGCUUGUUCGACAGUUGGGCUUCUUUCAUCAACCAUGAAUGA